ACAGACUCACCGCCUUCGAUAAAAAAAUCAACCCCUGGGUUUUCAAUAUAAAGCGCGAAUACAUUGGCCGUAAUUGCCAACCAUCACAAUGCUACGUCUGCUGUACAUUACGUUAUCUCUUCUCUUAUGCCUUCAGCUCGCUGUUGCGGAUCCUGCCUCGACAGUUUUGCGAAUUUCACGUCACUCCAAGACAUCGUCAAUAGUGACCAAGUCUGUACUAUCGGCUCUCUUGGUUCGGCGAGGAAGAUUCACUGCUCGAGCAGGCAGCGACGGGUGUGCUAGCGGAUACCAGCAAUGUACCAACUACCCAGACACGUGUGCCCCAGUUGGCAACAACUGUUGCAACGAUUUGUAUAGUUGUCCGAGCGAUUCCUUCUGCUUCGAUUCCGGAUGUUGUCCCAAUGACGCGCAGACAUGUAAUGGAAGUUCUUGCUGCGACCCUGAUAGUGUAUGCUGCAAUGACUCUACCGGGGGAUGUUGCCCAAAUGGAUCCACGUGCAUAGCGAAUAGUAAUGAAUGUUCCACUGAGGGCUCCAGUGGUGGAGGUUCUGGAGGUGGAAGCGGUGGAAGUAGCGUCACUACUGCUACUGCUACUGCUACUGCUACUUCCAAGUCUACGUCUACUGUGCUGCACGGAACCACUUCUACCAGCAGCAGUGCAAUCUCAUCCAACAGCCCUACAACGACUACAUCUUCGAGCACUCAUUCCGUCGCUUCUUCAACUGUGUCAUCCGGAGGGUCUUCUGCUACCGGCUCGAGUGUACCUGUGUCAAUUGGGGCUGCUCCUCGUGGUUUCGUAUCCACAAAUGGGAAACAGCUUGCGGCCUUGGCCGUAGUUGUCUGUUUACCGAUUCUUCACAAUGUCGCCCAUAUAUUGUGAACGUGCAACAGUACUUCUUUUCUCAUUUUGACUUACUUGUCAUGUUGUUGGGGUCGUGAUUUAUGGACAUCAAUGAUACGCCAGAUAUCUCACCUGUUGUUCGCUUUCAUAC